ACACACAACAAAAGUUUUGGUCCAGUUAACAGACCCGUCAGUCUUUGUCUGGUUGACAGACCAAAACGCUACACUUUGACCGCACCUUAACACUGCAAGGUAUGCAUAUAAGACAAAAAAAAACAUUUUUUUUUGGGCUAUCUACACACUUAUUGGUCUAUAGAUAGUUUGAGCCAUAAAAAAUAUUAUUAUAGUGACUCUACUUUUCCUUGCAUCACAUGCUCUGAAACCCCAACUCUGUUACUUGACCCACAACCACCAAAAACCUGCGUUUCAAUUACAUCAAAAACACCCCACCUGGUUUGACUGUGGUGAUUGAAUUACAAGUAGGAAGGAUGAGUAUGUACGGACGAGAUCCGUGGGGUGGGCCGUUGGAGAUAAACACAGCGGACUCAGCGACAGACGACGAUCGGAGCCGGAACCUGAACGAGUUGGACAGGGCGGCGCUUUCUCGACCGUUGGAUGAGACGCAGCAGAGCUGGCUGUUGGGCCCCGGAGAACAGAAGAAGAAGAGGUAUGUGGAUCUGGGUUGCAUCAUCGUGAGCCGUAAGAUCUUUAUCUGGACGGUGGGGACGAUUCUUGCAGCCGCCUUCAUCGUGGGGAUUAUUACGGUCAUAGUGAAGAAUGUGCCUAGGCAUCACAAACGCCCGCCGCCACCCGAUAAUUACACAAUUGCCCUCCACAAAGCUCUCAUGUUCUUCAAUGCCCAAAAAUCUGGAAAGCUCCCAAGGCACAAUAAUGUUUCGUGGAGGGGUAAUUCCUGUUUAAACGACGGGAAAUCAGACAAAUCAGGCGCCGUGCUUAAAGAUCUAGUGGGUGGGUAUUACGACGCUGGGGAUUCGAUCAAGUUCCAUUUCCCAAAAGCUUUUGCCAUGACCAUGUUAAGUUGGAGUGUCAUUGAAUACAGUGCUAAAUAUGAAGCGGCUGGAGAGCUCAACCAUGUUAAAGACAUCAUCAAAUGGGGCACUGACUACUUUCUCAAAACCUUCAAUUCUACAUCCGACACCAUAAGUCAACUCGUGGCUCAGGUUGGGUCAGGUGAUACAUCAUCAACUGAUCCCAAUGAUCAUAGUUGCUGGAUGCGACCCGAAGACAUUGAUUACCAACGACCUGUAACGGUUUGUUCUAGUUGCUCAGAUCUUGCUGCUGAAAUGGCAGCUGCUUUAGCUUCUGCAUCCAUUGUUUUCAAGGACAACAAGGUUUAUUCAAAGAAACUGGUCCAUGGGGCCGAAACCCUUUGGAAAUUUGCUAGAAAUCAGCGUGGUUCAUAUACUGCAGGUGCUGUGGAUGCUGCAACCUUUUACAAUUCCAGUAUGUACUGGGAUGAGUUUGUAUGGGGCGGUGCUUGGUUGUAUUAUGCAACUGGAAACCAGUCUUAUCUUUACCUUGCUAGUCACCCCACCUUAGCCAAACAUGCUGGCGCCUUUUGGGGUGGACCCGAUUAUGGUGUUCUUAGUUGGGAUAAUAAGCUUACAGGAGCUCAGGUGUUACUGACUCGAUUGAGAUUAUUUCUGAGUCCUGGUUACCCGUAUGAACAAACCCUGAAGACGUAUCAUAACCAGACAAGCAUAGUCAUGUGUUCAUACUUACCAUAUUUCACAAGUUUUAACAGAACAAGAGGAGGUUUGAUCCAAUUAAAUCAUGGGAGACCGCAGCCUCUUCAAUACGUUGCCAAUGCAGCGUUUUUAGCAACACUCUUUAGCGACUAUCUUGAUGCUGCUGACACUCCUGGGUGGUAUUGUGGACCCAAUUUCUACUCAACCGAUGUGCUUCGUAAAUUUGCCGAAACUCAGAUUGACUAUAUUCUGGGAAAGAACCCAAGAAGGAUGAGUUAUCUUGUGGGUUUUGGCAAUCACUACCCAAAACACGUCCACCAUAGAGGUGCCUCGAUUCCCAAGAACAAGAUCAAGUACAGCUGUAAAGGAGGAUAUAAGUGGAGAGACUCUAAGAAACCCAACCCAAAUACUGUUAUUGGAGCUAUGGUUGCAGGGCCCGACAAGCAUGAUGGGUUCCAUGACGUGCGUACGAAUUACAAUUACACGGAGCCCACAAUUGCUGGCAAUGCUGGUUUAGUUGCAGCCCUGGUGGCCUUGUCUGGUGAUAGAACAACAACUAAAAUUGACAAGAACACUAUUUUCUCGGCUGUGCCGCCUAUGUUUCCAACACCACCUCCGCCGCCAGCACCAUGGAAACCAUGAUUGGAACAUGAGGAAGUUUUUUGUUUGGAUGGAGUAUGUAAUUAUAGUAUGUUUGUUUCUAAUGUAAGUAAGUAAUAAAAAUAAUGUUAUUGCUGUUUGGGACAAUAGAAACUUGGUUACACACUAACAAUGGCUAAAUUAAACACACUUGCUAUCUUUCUUCUUU